UUUGGAGGUGUGGCUGUGGCAGCUGACAUGGUGAGCUCCUGCACUUCAGAUUUUACCACUACACCCACGUGCUUCUUUCCUCUGCACACUCACCUCUCUAGUGCUGUCCAUCACAGAGGUGUUCCUGGUCUGGCCAUCUUGGGUACUCAUGAACCCUCUCGCUGUUCCUUCCUCUGUCUUUGCCUCUUAACCUCAAACCACAAGAGGAGACAUGUUCUUCUGGCAUUGCAAAGGGAGUGCCAGUUUUUGCCGCUGCUGAGAAUGCAGCAUGCUGAUUUUAGCCUUUCUUACUUCCUCCUCUUUUGGAGAAGUUUCAGUGCUUAACGGCUGCUGCUACUGCUGCUAGUACCGGGUAGGAGUCUGCAGCCAGGGCAUGUGUUGUCAUAGGAACAAGCCACCACAUGCUUCCUGCACAGGAAAGGGACCUGGUCAUAGCGCAGACAACAGCUAUUUUAACUCUUCUGCAGUCAAGAAACUACACGAUAUUUGCAGCUGGAUUCAUCGGCAUUCUUCAUUUAAUUUUUUUUUUCAAGCUUGUGUUAUGAGCUCCAUCCAGCAGAAGCCCAGCUAAGGACUUAGGAGACCCACCAGCGUUGCGCUUUUACACUCACUGGCGGCUUCCUCUUCUGAGUCCAGACAACCAUGACUGAGAAAGACCCCGAGGUGCAUGUGGAAGAGGAUGAGGAUGAGCUAGAUAGCAAAUUGAACUAUAAGCCCCCACCUCAGAAGACGCUUCAGGAACUGCAGGAGCUGGACAAGGACGACGAGAGCCUUGCAAAGUACAAGAAGUCCCUGCUGGGGGAUGGACCUGUUGUGGCAGACCCUACAGUUGCCAAUGUGACUGUCACUCGGCUCACCCUGGUUUGUAACAGUGCUCCAGGGCCAAUUACCAUGGACCUCACUGGGGACCUUGAAGCUCUCAAGAAACAGACAUUUGUAAUAAAGGAAGGAUCUGAAUAUUGUGCCAAGAUCCACUUCAAAGUAAAUAGAGAAAUUGUAUCUGGCUUGAAAUAUGUGCAGCACACUUACCGGACAGGGGUGAAAGUGGACAAAGUGACAUUCAUGGUGGGCAGCUAUGGGCCACGGCCGGAGGAAUACGAAUUCAUCACACCUCUCGAGGAGGCACCUAAAGGCAUGAUGGCUCGAGGAAACUACCGCAACAAGUCCUUCUUCACCGACGAUGACAAGCACGACCAUCUCACCUGGGAGUGGAACUUGGCCAUUAAGAAGGAGUGGACGGAAUGAGACCCACCUCAUUUCUCCUCCCCCUUUGCUUCCUCCUGCCUCUUGCACUGUUCUCCAGGUGUGCCAGUCUCUGGCUCCUGCAUGCCACGCUUCCUCCAGCACCCCCCCACCUGGCCCUUUUACUGUCACAAGAAAUUCUGUUUUAACACAGGCCUUGGGACAGACUCUGUCUCUCCUGCGCUGAAAAAAAAUAAACCACAAGGAAUUAAAACUGGGACAAAUCCUAUGCUUGCAUAGGAUCAGUCCUUGAAGUGCCUUUGCUAGGAAGACGCACAGAUACUAACCCAACACAAUUGCUAUCUAGGUUGUCCCCAUUUAAAGAUCUAUGGCCGUCAGCCUAGUUUCCUUGCAGUCUGCAUUCACUGGAAACGUACUUGCCUAUGAGUGGAUUCUAUCUAAUUUAGGCUUGUUUUUGUGUAUGUGGAAAACUUGCCUUUGAGAGUAGCAGGAGACACAGUUCCUGCCUUGGCCUGUGAAAAUGUCUGUGUCUUUGAAAAUAAAGCCAGUUUUGUCCUUUG